AUGUCACACGUCGUUAUUCGUGGAAUCCCCUUUGCGACUCGUUUGCGCGCAGCCAAAGGUGGUGCCAAAGAGCUUCUUGAACGCGACCGCGCCCGCGCACAGAAGUUCCUGGCUAGCAAGUCCCAUCAUGCCUUCGUUGCUGCCAAAGCCAAACAUGCCAGCGGUACUGGCGCGGAGUCUAGCAUUGAUGUCACCGAUUCAGGUGUCACUUACACUAUGCAAGUCGGUGUUGGAAGCCCAGCGACCGAUUAUACAUUGUUGAUCGAUACUGGGAGUUCGAAUACGUGGAUUGGUGCAGACCUGCCAUACAAACCCACAAGCACUAGUCACAACACUGGAAACACUAUAAAUGUCAGCUAUGGUUCGGGAAGCAUGUCCGGAAAGGAAUACACCGACACCGUGACCUUAGGGCCAGACUUGGUUAUCAAGAACCAAGGCAUCGGCGUGGCUUCAUCCGCGCAAGGGUUCGAGGGCGUCGAUGGUAUAUUGGGUGUCGGUCCCGUAGACCUUACACGGGGAACCGUGUCUAACACGACGGAUGUGCCUACAGUUACCGACAACUUAUACGCUCAAGGAACAAUCUCUUCCAAUUCACUCGGCAUCUCCUACGAGCCGUCCUCCACAGCUAAUGUAUCCAAUGGAGAGCUUACAUUCGGUGGGACCGAUAGCACCAAGUACACUGGCACACUCAAUACUGUUCCACUUACCACCACCUCCCCAGCCUCGGCGUAUUGGGGUAUCAAUCAGUCGGUAUCGUACGGCACUAGCCAAACAAUCUUGAAUACGACUGCCGGCAUUGUGGACACUGGUACUACCCUUCUUCUCCUUGCCACUGAGGCUUUCCAGGCCUAUCAGAAGGCAACUGGUGCCGUCGAAGACUCGACGACAGGACUCCUAACGAUCACGUCGGCACAAUACGCUGAACUUCAAAGCUUGUACUUCAAUAUCGGCGGUGUCACCUACGAGUUUACGCCUAAUGCUCAGAUCUGGCCACGUGGUCUGAACAGCAUCCUCGGAGGAAAUGAGGGACAGAUCUAUCUGAUCGCGUCUGACCUUGGUUCUAACGUGGGGAGCGGGUUGGAUUUCAUAAACGGAUUUGGCUGGAUUCAACGCUAUUACACUGUCUUUGAUACCGGGAACAAGCAGCUCGGUCUUGCGACAACGGCAUACACUGAUGCUGAUACCAACUGAUGAUGGUUCCCGCAAAGCCCUCACAUUAUUUUCAAGUUUACUUUGAAAUAGUUUCAGGCGUGUACUAGUAUUUACUAGUAAACGUUCUAGAGAAAAUCAUCUUUGUCAUUAGCAUUACCACAGUCAGAUGUAACAUGAAGUCUCAGACUGAAAGAUACGACCAUUAGGGUACGGUUGAAAAGUUGAUACUUUUCAACAGCUGCCUGUUAAUAACGAGUGUUAAUAACACUGUUGAAAAUGUCGGACAUUUCGAUGUGAGGAUUUCCUAUACAAAGUAACCAGAUAGGUUCAAAUUUAUAGCUGACUCCACCAGUUUGGGUGUAAAUCAGGUGAGAUGAGGUGAUGCAUAUGUAGAAUGGGACCUGUGUUGGUG